UCAGGCCCCAGUGUAGCUCGAGACGUGACGUGGAGGUGUUAUGCGCCGCUCCGUGCGUGUGUUUGUGUGUGCGUGCGUGUUUGUGUGUGUCCUGUGCCUCUUCUCUGCGGUGUAGCCUCUCAACUCGCCUCACACACGCAGAAGGGAGUAGCAGGUCCCACCAGCCAGCACCAACAGCCACCUGGACGCCCGCCAUCACAAGGCAUGUGAGCGAGAGAAGAGGGAGAGCUGAGAGGAGGAGGAAGCAGCAGUCAGCGUCAGAGAGAGUGGAGGAGAAGGAGGAGGAGGAGGGGGAGAGAAGGAGACACGAUGGGAGAGGUGACCCUUGACCCAGCCUCCCUUGCCAGUUCAUACAGUGACAGCGGCUUCUCUUCGUCACAGGCGUCCAUCAGCAGCGACCUGGAUGGCGCGUCGGGCCUGGGCUCCUCGCGGGCUGACCUGGUGGAGGACGAGGAGGGCGAGGGCGGCAGCUGCGGGUGGUUGUGUCUGCGGCCCCGCUGGCUGCAGCGCACCCGCACCUCCAAGUGGGUGCUCUUCUGGCUGUGCUGGGCCGCCGCCGCGCAGGGCAUGGUAGUGAAUGGUUUCGUCAACGUGUGCAUCACUACAAUCGAGAAGAGAUUCAACCUACGUUCCACAGACGCUGGCUUGAUAGCGGGAGCAUACGACCUGGCCUCGCUGUUAUGCUCCGUACCCGUGUCGUAUCUCGGUUCGCGCCCCGGGAGUUGCAAGCCGCGGUGGCUGGGAUGGGGCAUCUUCAUCAUGGGGGCGGGCUCCUUCCUCUUCGCCCUGCCGCACUUCCUCGUGCCACACUACAUCCCCAACAACAGCAACGCCUCCUCCAUACUGUAUUGCCUCCGUCAGGGCACGAGAGACAGCCAGUGUGGAGUGCUGGUGGAGAAUUGGCUGUCCUCCUACCGCCACGUGUUCGUCCUGGGCCAGUUCCUGCAUGGUGUGGGCGCCUCACCUCUCUACACGCUGGGGGUUACAUACCUGGACGAGUCUGUACCCGUUAAAAUGUCCUCUGUGUAUCUUGGUAUCUUCUACGCCAUGGCGGUGGUGGGCCCUGCAGCGGGCUACGUGUUGGGCGGCCAGUUCCUCACGGUGUACAUCAACGCGCCUGAAAUACUGCCAGCCAGGUAUGGCAUUCAGGUGGACAGCGACCUUUGGCUGGGCGGGUGGUGGAUUGGGUUUCUCCUGGCCGGGUCACUGUGCAUGCUCAUCUCCUGGCCCAUCAUGGCUUUCCCGACGCUGCUGCCAGGUGCCAAGGCCAUCAAGGCAUCACGAGUGUCAGAAGCUGUGGGGACGGUUGAGGUGGCCGGAGGGUUUGGCCAGCUGAAGGACCUGCCUCGUGCUGUGAAGGUUCUGGCCCUCAACCCGACCUUUGUGGCUCUGUCCAUCGCCGGCGCCACUGAGGGGAUCCUCCUUGCGGGUUUUGCAACCUUCACGCCCAAGUUCCUGGAGAAUCAGUUUAGCAUGACAGCGAGUUUUGCAGCGCUGAUUGUUGGGUUUGUGGCAGUGACAGCAGGAGGAGGAGGAACACUGCUGGGUGGCUGGAUCAUCAAGCGUCUGCAUCUCUCCUGCUCAGGGAUACUUAAAAUGUGCAUCAUCUUUUCCGUGGUGUGUCUCCUCUCCUGCUUCACCUUCGUCAUCUCCUGCCCCAAUAUCAAGUUUGCCGGCGUCAAUUUGGAUUACACCAACAAGUCGUUGGUACUGUCGAAGCCCAGCCUGUUAUCAAGCUGCAAUCAGGAGUGUGGCUGCCAGGACGUGGACUACAACCCCAUCUGUGGCACCAACAAGAUCAUGUACUUCUCUCCAUGCCACGCUGGCUGCAGCAACAUGGUGGAGGGCCAGGAUGGGGUCAAGGUGUUCCAGGGGUGCAGGUGUGUGUCGCCCCCAUCCCCCAUACCGCUACAAGGAGAUCCCCGCUUGGCCCCAGACGCUGCCCUGCUGGAGAAGUGCCCCACUGCCUGCCUGCUGAUGCCCAUGUUCCUUGCCAUCUUCUUCGUCACCAUGCUCCUCACUUUCAUCAUCAGCCUGCCUGCUCUCUCUGGCACUCUCAGGUGUGUGCCAGACUCUCACCGUUCCUUUGCGUUGGGGCUGCAGUGGAUAGUAAUCAGGCUCUUGGGGACUAUUCCUGGCCCUAUCCUAUUUGGUGCCCUCUUCGACCACACCUGUGUUCUCUGGCAAUCCAAUUGUGGGAGGGAGGGCGCCUGCAAGAGCUAUGAUAAUUUCUACAUGAGCAGGUACAUGAUGGCGAUCUCUGUGCUGUUCAAAUUUCUGUCCACCAUUCUGUAUGUCGUAUCAUGGUGGCUGUACAAACCACCCCCCGGCCCCCCAGCCGCCGCCACCAGCAUGAUCUGACCCUCCCCUCCCCCGGCACACCCUCCUGCACUCCUCGCAAUGCCUCCAAGGAUCACCAGGGGGGAGGGAGUUGCAGGGGAUUGACAAUUUGGCUGUGGAUCUUACCUGAGAAAUAUAGUGUUUGAGAUUAUUUUUUAUUAUUAUUAUUUUUUUUUUUUUUAAUGUUGAAUAUUUUGGUAAAUUUUAUUGUGUGGUGUGUCAUGUUUUUUUUUAUUUUAUGCAUCAUUUAGUAUUUUUUCUUUUUCUCUCCUUUUAUUAUUGUCUUUGUCUAUUAAUGUUUUUUUGUAUUAUGUCAUCUUUUUUCCUUUUUUUCUUCUUUUUUUGGUUUAAUUAUAUAUUUGUGUAGAAUUAAUUUUAUAUGUGUCAUUGUGUCAUUUUGUAUAUUUAUAUAUUUUUUUCUGGUGAUGUGUGUAUGUGUGUGAUUUCUCUGUCUGUCUGUCUGUCUGUCUGUCUUUUAUUUCUUUAUUCUCAAUCUACAUUCAUAUUUGUAAUAAUCUUUUAUAUUUUUAUUUAUACAUUUUUUCUCUCUCUCUCUCUCUCUCUCUCUCUCUCUCUCUCUCUCUCUCUCUCUCUCUCUCUCUCUCUCUCUCUCUCUCUCUCUCUCUCUCUCUCUCUCUCUCUCUCUCUCUCUCUCUCUCUCUCUCUCUCUCUCUCUCUCUCUCUCUCUCUCUCUCUCUCUCUCUCUCUCUCUCUCUCUCUCUCACACCAUCACCAGGUCUCAUUCAGGGCAGUGUGUGUGUGUGUGUGUGUGUUUCUCUUUAUCAAUAAUUAGAGUUGAUGUUUGUACUUAAUUUACUGAGAGGAAAUGUUGAUUGUUACUGUGGUGAGUGUCAAGAGAAGAUUGAAUGAUUGAUUGAUGUCUGAUGUACUUAUAAAGAGUUAAAGAAAGAGCAAAAGAAAAUGGAUUUGUCAGAGAGAGAGAGAGAGAGAGAGAGAGAGAGAGACUACUUGUGAUGUUUCUAUAUAGUGAUGUCUGUGCAAUAUUUAAUUCUGUUCAGUUUUCAUGACCUAACCUGUAUAUAUCACCAUGGCGAGAUCUACACACACAUGCACACACACACCACAGAACCCAGUGUAUAACCUUGGAGCCAGUGUCUGUGUGUAUGGGGCUAUUGGGACGGGAGGGAGGGGAGGGAGUAAAGGGCAAAGGAGGUGCCUUACAAAAUAUAUCGUCCAUUAUUUUUAUAAUCCUAAGAGUCUUUUAUUUUUAACUCGUAUAGGAGACAAUAAAGAUUUUUAAGAA